AAUGAAGUACAAAGAUGGCGUUUGACUUACAUAAGGGAUAUAAUAAAGAAGAUAUUAAAAUUAUCAAUGAAGUUCUGCAUAAAUAUGACUUGAAGGAAAAAACGCUAGUGAUGUACACAGACGGAUCUAAGUCUCUUUUGAAGCAAUCUACGGGCGCGGGUAUUGCGCUAGAGGAUUUAGACAUAGGAUAUACCGUAAGUCUGCCUAUUCAAUGUUCGGUUUUUACAGCGGAAGCCAUGGCUAUUUCCUCAGCUCUUAAAGUUGUUGAAACUCAAACCGAUACAGUCAAUAAUAUAAUCGUAUUUACAGAUAGUCGUUCGGUUUUACAAGCGCUUAUGAAUAAUCAUCUCAAUGUAUAUCAAAACAAAUAUGUUAUAGAAAUUAAGAAGUUAUAUAGUAAAUUUAAAGAUAUCUAUAAUGUUAGGAUUAUUUUUGUAUGGAUUCCGGCACAUUUCGGCAUAACCGGUAAUGAGUUAGCUGAUUACCUCGCAAAAACAGGAACCAAAGAACCGGCAGAUAACAGUAUUGAGAUUCCAAUCCGCGAUCUUAGAUGUAUAUAUAAGAAUGAAGCGUGGUGCAAUACUCAGGAUAAAAUAGAGUACGAAUCUAGAUAUAAGGGAGUUUUUUAUUAUACAAAUUUUUAUAACAGACAGUCUAAAUUACCGUGGUUUCAUGGAUUUAAUGAAGAAAGAUAUUUUAUAACAUUUGUUAAUAGAGUUAGGGCGAAUCAUUAUAAUCUAAACGCAUCCUUAGCUAGGAAGAAUAUUGUUAAUAGUGAAAGGUGCGAAUGCGGCUACAUGCGAGAGGAUAUUGAUCACGUGGUAUGGCAGUGUCAUCGGUACGAUGAGGAAAGGAUGGCUAUGGGAGACAUCUUGUGGAGAAGAGACCUAUCUGGUACGGAGAGUGUAGCGAAGGUGCUAAAGAGAGGAGACCGGAGGAAAACCAAAGUUAUAUACAGUUUCAUCAAGAAAAUUGGCAGAAUUGUCUAAUCUGAUUAUUCAGGAGUCAUUUAUAUCUCCCAUUCAAUUGGAGGCACUCUCGAUCACCGCCUCUGCGUUAAAUAACCUGUACCUACGGGUACGGUUGACGACGCGUGUCAAAAGACACAAAACCAAAAAAAAAA